CGUGGUGCAUGCGGCUGCGAGAAGAAUACAGGAGAUGGUGCCGGCAUCAUGGUCGCUCUACCACAUGACUUCUUCAAAGAGGUCGCAAAGGAUGCUGGGUUUUGAGCUACCCCCACCAGGCGAGUAUGCUGUUGGAAUGUUUUUUAUGCCAACAGAUGAAAAGCGUCGUGAGAAAGGCAAAGCUGAGUUUAAGAAGGUUGCAGAAUCACUGGGACAUGUAAUACUCGGGUGGCGUCUGGUUCCGACUAACAACUCAGACUUGGGUGAAUCUGCACUCGAGACUGAGCCAGUCAUUGAGCAGGUUUUCAUUACCAAGAGCUCAAGAUCAGAUGCUGAGUUUGAGCAACAGCUAUAUAUCCUUAGGAGACUCUCAAUCACCUCUGUUCGAGCCUCUCUGAACAUUAAGCGUGGUGGAGAGAGGGAUUUCUACAUGUGCUCUCUAUCUUCUAGGACUAUUGUUUACAAGGGCCAGCUUAAACCGUCCCAGCUUAAGGGGUACUACUAUGCAAACCUAGGUCAUGAAAACUUCAUGAGUUAUAUGGCUCUGAGUCCAGCUGCAGUUCUGCUAUGGCCGACUGCUAUGCCCGACUCAUCAGGAUGUGACCUCCGAUUAGGUGGUGGGAAGGAAAUGUGUUUGGUUUGAGGUAGCUUAGGGCUCCCAACUGUUUUGCAU